GGCAGUUACCGAUAACACUGAUACACGGUAUAAUGUUUUAUAAUACCGUAUUAUACGCGUAUUCAGCAUCCAACAUUACGUGGUGGGGAUGACCGCAGCUAAAGCGCCGAGACUUGACGAAUCUCAUCCAACACACUUCACCGACGUGUAAUAACAAAAUCAAAUUAACAAUACGAACCCGGAUUAUGAUAGUGACCAUCAAUGUGUCACAGAUUUCAUUUCCUCUCUUUUACAAGUACACACUGGGGACAAUUUCAAGUCGUUAAUGCAAAUCAAGGCUUCCACGUUUUCAAGAAGUCCUCCUCUUUUCUCAGGCCAUCAACACAAGCUGCCAAACUACCCUGGCAGCACGAUGGCCACUGACUCUAAUCAGCAUCAGCUCUCUGCCUCUGGAAACACUCAAUAUGGGCUAGGUCGUCAGUCGUCAUCGCACCCAUAUCAUAAGACUAACGCACGUAUCGUGAGCGGUUACUUCAAUCUGCUCUUGAUCUUCGUUCCGCUGGGGAUAUGUUCAGCAGCACUAAAGUUUCCCCCCGUUGCUGUGUUUUGCCUUAACCUGCUAGCCAUCACUCCACUUACUGCCUGGAUUACAUUCGCAAUCGGCCAACUAUCCUUUCAUAUUGUGCGCAUCGCGGAUGAAUUGCUCAAGGCGACAUUGGGAAACCCAAUUGAAGUACUGAUUGGACUGGUGGCUCUGAGCCAGGGCCAGACGCUUAAUGUACAACGUAUUGUGAUAGGGAAUAUUGUGCUUUUUUCGCUUCUGGUAAUCCUGCACACUCUUAGUUCUGAUUUCCACCUUUAUCUUGCUGAACCAUUGCUUCUUCAGGUUCUUGGAUGCUGCUUAUUCGUGGUUGGAAGCCAGCAGAAACGAGUCGAGUUCGACCGGACCACCACGAGCAUCACGUCGUCGCUGACUAUCAUUGUUGCCAUUUCACUGAUUGUUCCAACUACCAUGUCUGCAUUUCCACCCACAGAUGAAAAUGGGACCGUGGUCCGUGACUAUGCUUCCAUUCUCCACGUCUCUCAUGCGGCUGCAAUUAUCUUGUUGAUUUUAUGUAUUCUUUUCUUCUACUUUCAGUUUCACACGCAUCCUAGCCUUUUCCGGGUGACUUCCACUCAGCAGCUACCGGCCUUUGACUAUACAGACGUUGGCUGCCGUGGUAAUCUGCAUAGGCAAGCAUUCUUAAGCCUUAACCGCUGGGUCGCCGCUGUUGUCCUUGUUGCUGCAACUACUGCUCUAGUUUCAUGUAUCGUAUUUCUACUAAGAACGGUUGAUGAGGUUGAGCGCACAGUCGGAAUCAGCUCCGCUUUUCUCGUGACAGUUCUCGUGCCCCUGAUUGGAAAUGUGAGUAAAAUUACUACAGUUGUGGCUGUCGCAAGACGCAACCCCGUUGAUCUGGCGAUUCGUGCUAUCAUGGCAACCAAUUUGCGACUGCUCAUCCUGAUUAUGCCUGCUUUGGUGAUAAUCGGCUGGAUACUCGACCAACCGCUGACGCUCCAGUUCGAUCUCUUUGACGCUUCCAUUCUAUUUCUCGCCAUUAUGGUGAUGAACUACCUAAUUCAGGAUGGCCGAAGCAAUUACUUCGAAGGGCUUGUCUUGAUGGGAACGUACAUAAUUAUUGCGGUGGCUUUUGAGGUUCGCCCGAUACCUCCUGAGGGGGUUAUUAUUUUAUAGGUGGCUCUCAAAAUAUAACAGUUGCAUAACGACGUCAACCAGCGUAAUCCUUGCCAAUAAGCUUCCUGGUGAGGUAUUCGAUGGCGUAAAUAAUAUGAUCGAUAAUUACAUGCCUAGCGGACUAGUCUCCAUGUAGUGUAACGACUAGAAAACAACAUCCCGCCCCGUAUUCGUUAU